AGGAAGUUUCCUCGACCAUUCAGAAGCGCCAAUGACAGACGUGGGGCAUCAUGUGCACAUUAGUAUUAUGAAUGUUGUAUAUAAAAUAUGUUUAACCCUAGCAUACAUCACGUACUAGGAUUAUGGCUUGUUUCUUUAGACGAAGAAUUGCGGCUAAGUUGGGUAAGACGUUGCAGCAGUCUGAUGACGUCUUCAUGCCUGCUUUGUCAGCUGUCCCAGUAUUUAAUAAACAAGAGACUGCUGAUUUGAGGCUCUCUAUUAGUGUUUUAAGAACUAAUGGUGUUUUACCAGUGAGUGGAGAAAUCCAGGCACAGACAGAACACUUGGCCAAUCAGCUGAAGCGGGACAGCGUGGUGGAAGACAUUUCAGCAGGAAGUGCUGUCAUCAACUUUAAAAUCGAUCGUAAACUCCUUGCCAAGAAAAUCCUGGAACCGUUUGGAACGGGGCACCAUGGCAAAAUCGAGCUUAAUAGUGAACUUUUUAAUUCCCUUAAGACUGGAACAACGUUAGUUGAGUACAGCUCUCCAAAUAUUGCGAAAAAGUUUCAUGCAGGACACUUAAGAUCUACAAUUAUAGGUAACUUCAUCGCCAACUUGAAGGAGUCUCUUGGGAAUAAAGUUAUUAGAAUGAACUAUCUUGGUGACUGGGGAAUGCAGUUUGGUUUGCUAGGAGCUGGUUUCAGCCAGUUUGGCAGCCAGGAGCAGUUGAAAGAAAAUCCUUUACAGCAUUUGUUUGAGGUGUACGUGAAGGUAAACAAGGAAGCGGAAUGCAAUGAGGACACGAUGCUGGCAGCCAGGGACUUCUUUCGGAAGCUGGAGCAGCAUGACAGUCAGGCUAUGUCACUAUGGCAACAGUUUAGGGACAUCACCGUGUGCGAGUAUCGGCACGUUUACGAGCGCUUAGGGGUCCACUUUGAUGUCUACUCAGGGGAGUCUUUUCACCAGGAAGGGGUCCAGGAGGUGGUAUCUCAGCUGCAGAACAAAGGCCUGUUGAAGACUACUAAGAUGGGGACAAGUGUUGUGGAUCUCUCAGCAGAAGACCAGAGCAACAUCUGUACUAUCCUCCGCAGUGAUGGGACAAGUCUUUAUAUCACCAGGGACAUUGCAGCUGCCAUUGACCGCAGAGAAAAGUAUCAUUUUGAUGAGAUGAUUUAUGUGACAGAUAAAAGUCAAACACAUCACUUCCAGCAGUUGUUCCAGAUCCUGCAAGCAAUGGGACAUUCCUGGGCUGACAGGUGUCAUCAUGUGCCCUUCGGCCUGGUGCGGGGCAUGAAGACUAGGAGUGGCGAGGUGGUCUUCUUAGAGGACAUUCUGAACGAGGCCCGAGCAAGGAUGCUGCACAACAUGAAGCAAUCAAAAAUGACAAAAGAAAUGGACAACGCAGAGGACACAGCACAGAAAGUGGGAAUCAGUGCGUUAAUAGUCCAGGAUUUUAAAGGUCCGCUGCAGGGGGACUAUAAGUUUGCCUGGGACAAGGUGCUGCAGGCUCAGGGAGACACAGGCGUUUUCCUCCAGUACACUCACGCACGCCUCUGCAGUUUAAUACGGAAAAACGACGACAUAGACGCAGCCACAUUCGAUCCGUCCUUUCUAACCGAGCAGUCAGGCAUCUCCAUUCUUCAGCACCUCCUCCGGUACGACGAAGUGUUGUACCAGUCGGCCCAGGAUCUGCAACCUAAACACCUGCUGAACUUCCUGUUGAAAUUGUGCCACCUGACUGCCUCGGCGCACAGAGAGCUGCCUGUUAAAGGGAGUCCACAGCAAGUAGCUCAGGCAAGGAUGAGACUUUUCAGCGGGACCUGCUCAGUUCUGGCCAGUGGGAUGAAAAUUCUUGGCAUUAUCCCUGUUGACAAAAUGUGAAUGUCAUUUUAACAAGGGAUGGCCCUGAAAUCAGAUCUUUUCAGAGGAUCGUAGUCAGUUGAAAAAGGAUGGGCUUUUUAGAGAUCUAUUUGUUUUACAUUUUUAAUGGCUCCAAAGCUUAAAAAAACAAAACAAAAAAAACAUCAUGUUCUACGAGGAGAUUGCCAAAAGAAAAUUAGUUGUAGUAACUGUCACUUGAAGCAAACGGGAAGAUAGCGUCAUCCAAGAGUGAUCAUGUCUGCAGUAUGGAACCAUUUUACAUUUGGAUGUCCUUAAAGGACAGACACCUAUGUCAUGUACGUCCCAGUAGAAAGUAUAUUAAUAAAAUGGAGGAAAAAAAGAAAUUUUCUGAUGUGAAAUAGUCAAGAAAAACAAAAUUGCCAGUAUUUCCAGCAAGUGGCCACCUGACACUUAAUCAAUGCUGGUACUAUUUAAGCUAAUCAAAUGCGACUAUCCCAAAAUGCCUGCCUCUUCUUGUGACAUUAAUACCUAUUAUCAUACCAAUCAUACCCAGUCUAUCGGUGUGAAUGUGCGUCAGUAUAACUGAUGUAACAAAAUGGCUUCACUCAGAAAUUUCUUUAACAUUUUCUCUAAGUCUAGGGAAAUUGUCCAUUUGCAUACCUAAAUACUUUGAGCAACCGUCUUUUACUUCAAGGUCCCUUUAGUUCAGGGCUGCCCAAGUCCAGUCCUCGAGAGCCCCUAUCCAGCUUGUUUUCCAUUUCUUCCUCCUCCAACACACCUGACUCAAAUAAUCAGGAUCAUUAUCAGGCUCCUGCAGAGCUUGCUGAUGAGCUGAUCAUUUGAUUCAGGUGUGUUCAAGAGGGAGACAUGGAAAACAAGUGGGAUAGGGGCUCUCGAGGAACGGACUUGGGCACCCCUGCUUUUAGUUCAUUGACAAGUUUUUGGAUCAGAAAAUUGACCUCUCAGGUAUAUAUCAAUCCAUGCGAUUCAAGUCUACCAGGUACUUUUUUUAAAAGGCUUAUAAAAAUUACAGUAGUACCAGGAGAUUCGAAAGAUUGGAUACAUGGAAAAUUCAUAUUAUGAAAUGUUUUCAAAGCUAUUUUUCUUGAUAUUCGGAAAAAUUAUUCAUCAUGCCAAAGAUAAUUCCCACUCGCAACAAUACAAUAAUUUAACUGUUUGACUAGAAAUGUAAACAAACCAAAUAUACAAUGUGUGUGUGUGUAUACAAUGUUGUUUUUGUUCAACGAUGACUAUAAUGAAAAUAUUUCGUCGACGAACAAUUUUUCAUGACGAUGACGAGCUAAAAACGUGUCUUGGGAGACUAAAGCAACAAUACGAAUGCCAGUUUUCGUCUGACGAGACGAAAAUGUACCAUAGUUUCCGUCACAUAUUCACAGUGUAUCAUAUUUGAUGGGUGGUUAGCCUGGAUCGUAGCAAGUGUCUGGUAACUUGUAGCGUUAGCAUAGCAUUCACAUUCGCGUUAGCUUUAGGCUAUUAUUAAUGGCGAACAUCCUCUUAAACUCUCGGACAAGUUUUUUUGCAUACAGUUCGUGGCGUCCAGGUGGUUAUAAUUGAAAAUAAUGUAGUUUUCCUUCUGAGGGUUUAUUACCCAUGAUAGAUUUGUGGAUGCAUGUAGAUGAUACAAUAUGUGCCCAUCUGUCAAUGUUCAUUCGAGUUUUCAUUUACGUAUAUUUGUAGUGAAACCGUUGAAUUGUACAGACGAAAAUAGCGAGUAAACGUUGAUGAAAACUAGAUGAAGACACAUUUUGAAAUGACUAAAAUAAGACUAAUAUGUAUUUUCGUCCAAAAGACUGACGACGACGAAAAUUAAAAGGGCUGCCAAAAACAACACUGGUGCUACACUAUGCUCAUGUACAGUGAUCCCUUACUUAUCGCUGGUAAUUAGAACUGACCACGUCGAGUAAAAAAGUAGUUAUAUUUACUAUUAUUUAGUAUUUUUUUUAGGUAAAUACGGUGUUACCUCUACUUACAAAAUUAGUUCUGGAAGUAGUUUCGUAAACUGAAAAUUCCAUUAGUAGAGACACGUUUUCCAUGUAAACGCCUUAAUCCAUUCCAAGUCCCCCACAAUUCAGACAUAAAUCUUUUAUAAAGCAUAAAAAUGCAUCAAAACAUGUAAUACACGUUACUAUUAUAUUAUUGAACAAUAACAAUAAAAGUUGUGAAAAAUGUAAAACAAAACAGUUAAUACACUCACAUAUGUAAGAGUACGCUGGGAUACACACAGAUUGUCAGAUCUUCAAAACGGACGGAAAAAAAAAAUGAUAUCCCUACUUUUAAGAGUUUAUUAUUUUAAAAAAUCAUUUAAAUUAAGUUUUGAUUCAUUUGUAAUGACAGCAGCAGGGACAUAAGCGCUGCUUGACAAGUACAAUUCCAAAUGUGUACAUUUGAAUCUUCAGUUAACACAAAAUGACUUGUAAAUAAAAAGUGACAUUUGUAGCUAUGUACAACGUCAUGUCAUUUCAAGUAUGAAAAGAAUUCUAAUACAUUCACAAUUGAUGUAUUUAACUUGGGCUGUGAAGCCAUUUUGUCCAUCAAAGAAAAACAACACUCAUCACCAUUGCUCAAUGAAUACAGUAUUUGACCCUUUAGUAAAUAAAUCAAUGACAAAUGCAGAUAUUGGUCCUGAACGUGUUUUAAGCAGUGCAACCGUUGAGGUUUUAACUGAACAGCGUCUCCACUUCAACAAAAUCUUCACAGGUUUUGUUCAGUCUUUACAAUGACCCCCCUGCCCCCCUUUGAUUAGAUAAGUGGGGCUGCAGUGUUUUAUUUACACUUGGUGCAGAC